AUAAAAAUCCAAAGGUAGAAAACAAAGAACAUACCCACACUGCAACAACAAGAUUCUUCUUCUUCUUCUUCUUCUUGUUCCGAAACCGAAGGAAACAAAACUAACUCACACCAUCAUCUAUCUUAUCUUAUCUUAUCUUCUCUCCCUUAAAUCAUAGAGAAUUUCAAGGGUUUUCAUUUUUCUCUCUUCCCAUUUUACCCUUGAUCUUUCUCUAGGUUUCCACUUUCUCCCUUUAUCAUAAAACACACACACCAACCCACGCAAAUCGUAAUUUCGUAUCCACAAUGCUGUGUCAUUUGGUUCCGUUGCCGCGGAAGAAAAAACCCGGUUCGGUUCCGGUUUACCUCAACGUUUACGAUCUAACCCCAAUGAAUGGUUACGCUUAUUGGUUCGGUCUUGGAGUUUAUCAUUCUGGCGUUCAAGUUCAUGGUGUUGAAUAUGGAUUUGGAGCACAUGAGCGUGAAACUACUGGGAUUUUUGAAGUGGAGCCUGGGCACUGUCCUGGAUUCACGUUUAGGAAAUCGGUUUAUAUUGGAUCGACGGAUCUGGGACCGAAUGAGGUUCGGGAGUUUAUGGAAAAGCUAUCUCAAGAGUAUGCUGGGAAUACCUACCAUCUUAUACAGAAGAAUUGCAACCAUUUCUGUAAUGAUGUUUGUGUGAAGUUGACUGGGAAAUCGAUUCCACGGUGGGUUAAUAGACUCGCUCGGCUUGGUUUUCUCUGCAACUGCGUUCUUCCAACCAGCCUAAAUGAGACAAAGGUUGGACAAGUUUCGUUAGACAGGAUUCAGGAAGGAGAAAGUAAGAAAAUGAGAAGUCAGUCCCGCAGGCAGGAGGCUCCUUCCAAUCCUUCAUUACCUGCAAACCAAAGACAUUGCGGUAUCCCAUCAUCGUCUGUUAUUAAUGCUUCUUCAUCCUCAACCUUAGCAGUAAAAUAAAGCUUUGGCGCAUCAGUCAGAGUCUGAAACAUAGGGUUGUUAGAAUCAUGCACUGUACGAAAGAUGAGCAGGAAAGCAACUUCUCAUCUGCUCCAUCUGUCUGCUCUUCUGUAUAUCUUCCAAUUAUGUUGAUGAUGGUGAAAAUGAAAUGUCUGCUUUGGCUCUGGUUACAAAACGGACAUUUUAUAACGAUACAAGCCUAUAAUACCAUCUUGACAAACAGUGCCAUAGUCUUUGUUCUUUUUAAUUGUUUGCUCUCUUCAUUAAACAAAGAAGCUUCUUAAUUUUUUAAGAUUUUUGGGGUAAGCUUUUCUGAAUCUUGCCUCAUCUGUAUUAGUUCUGUGAAUUUAGUACCGUAUUCAUUGUGUUUGCUGAAGUGUGAGAUAAUGCAUAUCAGGAAAUUCAAGGUAUCUAAGGAAGAUGAUGUGUUUCUGUCAAGUUGGUCAUAGUUGUUGCUUUUGAUA